CUAGCCAUUGCGCUCAGUUCGUAUAGUUGCGGAACAUAGCACCUAUCUUAACUUCUAAACUAUGUCUUUGAAACAGGCCGUUGCCAAAAAAUUGAUGGAUGAAAUAAUUAUCCCCUUGAGAAAGCCUAAAGAUUGGAAAGUUCUCGUUCUGGAUCGAUUAGCCACUAGAAUUGUAUCUUCGUGUUGUAAGAUGCAUGAGAUAAUGAAUAACGGCAUAACAUUGGUUGAAGACAUUUUUAAGAAAAGGGAAGUGCUGCCGAUUGAGGCAAUAUACUUGAUCACUCCCACAGAUGAAUCUUUAAAACUUCUAAUGGAGGAUUUUCAAGGGUCCCAGAGUCAAUAUCGUUAUGCCCACGUCUUCUUCACCGAAGCUUGCCCAGAUGAGCUGUUCAACCGGCUUUGCCAGUCGAAUUCUGCCAUAUUUUUAAAAACGCUUAAAGAAAUCAACAUAGCUUUUCUACCAGUUGAAUCUCGAGUCUUUUCGUUGGAUUCACCCAUGAGCUUUCAAUAUUACUUCAAUCCAGUAGCCAGACAACAGGGUUCGGGACAACAACUUGAGCGAAUCGCUGAACAGAUUGCAACGUUGUGUGCCACAUUAGGUGAAUAUCCCGUUAUUCGUUACCGCACUCAGUUUGAAAGGAACGCCGAGUUCGCGCAGUUAGUUCAACAAAAAUUGGAUGCAUACAAAGCGGACGAUCCUCAAAUGGGCGAGGGUCCACAAAAAGAAAGAAGUCAAUUGAUUUUACUUGACCGGGGAUUCGAUCCUAUCUCACCUAUUUUACAUGAACUCACUUUCCAAGCCAUGGCUUACGACUUACUGGCAAUUGAAAAUGAUGUUUACCGUUACAUCAACACAUCAGGUCCUGAGGAACGUGUUAAAGAAAUUAUCUUGGAUGAAACUGAUGAGCUUUGGUGUGAACUUCGUCAUCAACACAUAGCAGUCGUUUCACAACAGGUUACUAGCAAAUUGAAAAAGUUCGCUGAAGAUAAACGUAUGGUUAACGCAGGCGAUAAAACUACAAUGCGUGAUUUAAGUCAAAUGUUAAAAAAAAUGCCUCAAUAUCAAAAAGAGUUAUCCAUGUAUUCAACACAUUUUCAUUUAGCUGAGGAUUGUAUGCAAACUUAUCAAAAUCAUGCUAAUAAACUAUGUAAAGUCGAACAAGAUUUAGCCAUGGGUACUGAUGCAGAAGGUGAACGAGUCAAAGAUCAUAUGCGUACAAUGGUUCCUAUUUUAAUUGAUCAGUCAGUUUCAGCAUAUGAUAAACUUCGUGUGAUUCUUUUGUAUGUUAUACAACGGGGCGGUAUAAAUGAAGAAAAUUUAGCUAAAUUAGUUCAACAUGCUCAAAUCCCUUCAUCACAGGCGUGUAUUGUGCGUAAUUUGAUGCAUUUAGGAGUUCCUGCUAUCCAGGAUGCUUCAGGAGCUGUAAGCAGUUUUUUCUCUAAAAAUAAAGCUUCUACUAAACUUCCGAAUUACUACUUAUAAAUAGUGUACUAACAUUUUUGUUUAUGCACUUUUUUAAUUACUUGUUUAAGAGAUAGAUUGAUUUAGAUUUUCAACUUGAUAGAUUGGGUAAUGUAGAAAUGUUUAGUAAACUUUGUUCGAAACCAGGAAAUGGAUGUCAGCUGCGAAGACUUAUAAUCUCUCGGAAUAAUCACUUCUACCCAGUUUAUAUUUCAGUCGGUUCUGCACACUGGAGCACAUGAAAUUAAUUACUUUCCAUGCUGGUAUAGGGAGGCGUAAACUUCCUCAGCCUUAUUUGCCUGCUAAUCGACGUCAACGGGAGGAUGGUCCACGAUAUCAAAUGUCUCGAUGGACACCUUAUAUCAAAGAUCUUAUGGAGGAUGCUGCUGAAGAUAAAUUGGAUCCGAAAUUAUUUCAGUACUUUGGUGGUGGCCCUGUUCGUGGUCCUGGAACGCGUACAGGAAAUGCACCAAUGUCUGCAAGAUAUGGAAUGUGGCAUCGGGAUAAAAGUCAACAACCACGUUCUGGACCUAGACUAAUAUUCUUUGUAAUCGGUGGAAUAUCCUAUUCAGAAAUCCGUUGUGCAUAUGAAUUAAUGAAUACUGCGCUAGGUAAACAAUGGGAUAUUAUCGUUGGUGGUACCCAUAUACUCGUGCCGGAAGCAUUCUUAAAGGAUUUGGAGAAACUGUCUUAUCCACCAGGGACAGCGCCUCCAUUGGUUAGCAGUGGGACAUCAGUUAUUGUAGGUGCUGGUGGGGAACCAGUGUGAAAUCAGUAUACCCCAUGAAUGAUUUAUAUUUCAAUAUGUAAUUCACAAGAGAUUGCAAGAGAUUUCCUUAUGAUUUCCACUGAAUAACAACUUUAUUUACUUAUAUUGAUUUAUCUUUCGUCGCACACUUCUUCGUUAGUCAAUAUCAUUUCAUUGAUGCUGAUGAUUAUAAUUGUUACUAUUAAUAUUACUAUUAUUGCCAACAAGAACUUCAUUUGUGUUUAGCACUUCACCUAAUCACUCACAACAUUCCUCAUACGCUCAACUCUUGAGCGUAUUUUCUUGUUCUCUAUCGACGUUUUUCCUCAUUUCCUUCCUCAUACACACAUACGCAAUCCCCUACAGAUCAUUGAUUUAAUGUCAGCAGAAAACAUGACCAGCUUUCUUUAUCUACGUUUAUUUAAUUAUUUAUUGGUUUGUUCAUGUUGUUUUUGAUAUUUGCUUAUUUAUUACUUCCUCUAAUUUUCUAUAUCAUAUAUAUACAUAGUUAUUAAAUUAGUAUUGUUCAUAGAAUUUUUGUGUCAAUACUACGUGCAUUUGUCAAUGA